AGAAACGCCGGCGACAGUGAAAUGACGUAACCGGGUGACAAUCGUUAAGAAACGACAGCGUUACACAGAAGAUUAGUGGACAUGGCAGGUCUUGGGCUGAAGGACGGAGAUAAAGUGCUGGUGGUGUGGACACAGCCGUCCACCGCCGUAGCUGUGAAGGACUUUGCGGAGAGCAUCGGGGCCAUCGUGGGGAGCCAGAGCCUGGUAACACUCGAGAACAUCGAAAGGCUCCAGCUGUCAUCUCACUCUCCUUCCAGUUAUGACUGCGUCCUCUCAGGCCUUCUUCCCGACAGUGCCCUGCUUCACGGUCCUGACACUCUGGCAGAGAUGGCCAAGGUCCUGAAGCCAGGGGGGAGGCUGCUUCUGGAAGAGCCAGUUGCAGGUUUGGAGGUCAGUGGUGUCAGGACAUCUGGGAAGCUGCUGUCAGCCCUUAAAUUGUCAGGACUGGUGUCUGUCACAGAGGUGAAGAGUGAAGCCCUGGGCCCCAAGGCUGCUUUGGCUCUCAGAGAACGCACUGGUUUCCAGGGUAACGCUGCGUUCAGAGUGCGCAUGUCUGCCUCCAAACCCAACUUUGAGAUUGGCUCCUCCACUCAGCUGAAACUGUCCUUGACGAAGAAAACAGAAAAGCCAACGAUCGAUCCUAGUGUCGCCAAGCUGUGGACUAUUUCAGUCAACGAGAUGGACGAUGACGAUGUUGACUUGGUGGAUUCAGACAGUCUACUGGAUGCUGAAGACCUGAAGAAACCACAUCCAGCUUCACUCAAAACUUCGUCCUGUGGAGAAUCAGGAACCAAAAAAAAGAAAGCCUGCAAAAACUGCACCUGUGGCCUUGCUGAGGAGCUGGAGCAAGAGAAAGCCAGCACACCCAAGUCCGCCUGCGGAAACUGUUAUCUGGGAGACGCAUUCCGGUGCUCCAGCUGUCCAUAUCUAGGCAUGCCUGCUUUCAAACCUGGAGAAAAGGUGGUUUUGGCUAACACCCAGGUGGCAGAUCCAUAAGUCCCUGCCUUACGCCAGCGUGGAUACCAGUCCAACAUCCUGCACAUUAUCCGCUCUGCUUCUGGUACUCUCGCUCACCAUUAGAAAAGGGACAGAGGUGAAAGAACCAAACAGUUUCUCUUAGAUGGCGUUGCAAAACCCAGUCACUACCCCUUUUACGCUGUGGGACAUGUUCAAUACACGUUAUUCCCCUGACGGCUCAAACGGGGUCCCAUCCACUAAAGUAUGAUAUUCAUAUCCACACACCUGAAGGGCUUAU